AUUCACUCCUGCCCACCCCGCCAUCGCCCCAUUCACUUCCCUCGCUCUGCCUCUCAGAUAUAUCGCGGACCUCUCCCCUCGGAGUAAACUAAUUGCGCACCGGCCGAGAAUCAACCGCCCAGACGCAAUGGCGCGUGGCCGGCCUUCGCGAGCUGCAGCGCGUCGCAGCACGCCCGCCCGCAGCGCUACUCCGCAACUGGACGACGAAGACAUGAUGGAUGCCCCAGCAUCGCGCGCCGAGACGCCCGCACAUGAUGAAGACGCCGAUAGCCCCGCUCAAGAGUCGGAAGAGGAGAAGGCGCUAUCUGAGCGCUCUGCAACACCCGUCGUUGUUCUGCCGCGCAAGAAACGCCUUGGUCGCCCACCGAAGAACCGUCCACCGGACUGGAAUGUGAUCGAGCCAGACAAUGCGUCUGAGGGCGGUACUCCCGUGAAGCGCAAGCGUGGACGGCCUGCUGGUGGCGGCUUUCGCGGCCGACCGAAAGGCGGCCCCUCGCACACCACUCGAGUCCCGAUUGACAAGGAGGGGAACAUGAUGGAUGUCAUCAACGACGAGGUUGACUUACCUGAGGAUCCGGAAGGAGAAAAGAAGGUGGACAAGAUGGGAAAUCUACAAGGCGGCCGAGACUAUCGGGUGCGUGUAUUUAAGAUCACCGGCAGAGGCGACAGAUUGUACAUGCUGUCAACGGAACCGGCCCGUUGUUGUGGAUUCAGAGACAGCUACCUGUUCUUCACGAAGCAUAUGCAACUCUACAAGAUCAUCAUCGACGACUCGGAGAAGAGGGAUCUCAUCGACCGCGAGAUCAUUCCGCACUCUUACAAGGGUCGCGCCAUCGGUGUCGUCACCGCACGCUCGGUUUUCCGAGAGUUCGGCGCGCGCAUCAUUAUCGGAGGCAAGAGGAUCAUCGACGACUACUACGAGACGGCCGCGAGGGAGAGGGGUGACAUUGAGGGCGAGAUCGCAGAUCCCAACGACAAACUGCCACCGCCAGGAGAACCGUACAACAAGAAUCAGUACGUCGCUUGGCAUGGAGCGAGCAGCGUUUACCACACUGGAGUUCCAAGUGUUCCUACCGCGAACGGUAAACCGGCACCUGGAAAGCGGAAGGUGAAUAUUACAUCAGCGAACUGGCAGUUCGAGCAUGCCAGAUCCGCCAGCCGCUUCAAUUCCAGUCUCUCCGCACUACGCAGAGCUAACUUAGACGGUAUCUACGACCCACACACAAAUCUGAUGUGCUAUCCCAAGGUUACGCAGCCAACUCAUGCACGGUGGGAGGAAGUCCCUCCAGAAGAGAGUGACGUGCCACCGCUCGUUCGCAGGCACUACCUCGUAGUCGACACCUACAUGAAGAAACCUCCGUAUUCCGGCUUGGGCCUACCUGGCCCGGAUGGCGAUUUCUUAGAUGUUGGGGUGAAUGGCCUACCGAACUUGGAGGAGGAGGACAUCCAGACGAUGAAUCCCGAGCAGCGAGAGGCCUUUUUGCAGGCGAAGCAUGACGAGGUCGAGUGGAAGAGUCAAUGGCACUCAGAAGCCGUCGAUGGCGCGCGCCCGAAACUCAAAAUAGGAUUUACUGGCGUUCCGGUUUGAAACAAAAGCCCUAAUAAGCGCAUUAUAGGCUGAAGAUAGAGAUACCAAGAUAAUGGUUGGGCUGGCGCCCGCGGAUAGUAAAUGGCACGAGACUUACGCUCAGACAAGUAUUUCAAACGGUCCCUUCAUUGUCCGCGCGAAGCUUCCCUUGCUCUCUUUGAACCUGCUUCCGCACCUCAGGUACCAUCACCCGCCCUGCAUCGACCGGCUUUCUUAGUCGCAGCUCGGUAUCUGAAC